AUAUCAGUCUAAAACAACUCGGAAAUUUCUCAGAACUUGCAUUUCACAUCAAUUAUAUAUGCAGCCUAUACUUUUUGAAAGAAGCAAGAAAGCCAUUUGAAGUUUAAAUUCUUCAUUAACAGAGGCUUCUCAAGACUUCCCUUUUCUGGAUCAUCAAAAUGUCCCAACAAGAAAGCGACCAAAUAAGCAUUCUUUAUGAGGCAUCAAAGAAAGGGGACGUAUCAAUGUUAAAAUCAUUGGUACGAGAAAACUCGCAAAUCUUCCACAAAAUUUCACUUUCUGACUUCGCUGAAACUCCUUUACACAUAUCGUCUUCUCUUGGCCACCGUGAAUUCACAGAGCAACUUCUCACUCUCAAUCGCAAACUAGCCACUGAGUUGGACUACUCCAAUAGGACAGCCCUCCACUUGGCUUCUGCAGAGGGUCACAUUGAAAUUGUGAGGAAACUGGUAGAAACUGAUAGUGAUCCAUGCUUGUACCCUGAUGACAAAGGAAGAAUUCCUUUGUACUAUGCGGUGAUGAGAGGGCGAGUAGAGGUUGUGAGAGAGUUGAUCAGACUGAAGCCACAAUCUCUGGAUGUUCGUGACAAGGGGGAGACGAUGUUCCAUUUAUGCAUUAAGCACAAUCGCCUCGAAACCUUGAAAGCCUUAGUAGAACUGGAGCUUCACACUACCGGCAACCUUCUCAACUUCAAUGGUACUGAUCGCGCUGAGAAUACCAUUCUCCAUUCAGCUGUCAUGCUGAAGCAAGUUGAGACCGUAAGGUACCUCCUUUCAAUACCUGAAGUAAGGCAAAAAGCAGCAGCAGGGUUGAAGAACAAGCUUGGUUUAACAGUCCAUGAUAUUGUGGAGCUUGUUCCAGAUGACUUCAAGACCCUCGAAAUACGAGGCAUGUUGAACGGAACUGAGCCCACAACCUCAACUCCUGGCAUCAAAACUACUCAUCAGCACAAGGGUUGGAGAAAGAUUCUUGGGCUUGUGGUACACAUAUUAAGUGAUAAGGACACUAAACGGCUAGAAAAGAUGAGAGGGAAUUUGAGCCUAGUGGCUACAAUGAUCGCAACUAUAACCUUUCAAGCUUUGAUUAACCCUCCUGGUGGUUUUGUUCAACAAGCUGUGGCUUCAGGUGAGGAUCCCUUCGGUUGCUUAUCAGAUGAAAACAAUUACGUACUAGCAUGCCCUGGAAAAGCACUUUUAGCCGUUAAAUCUAGUUCUGCUUUUCAUCUUUACCAAAGGUACAAUACCACAUGUUUCAUUGGAUCUCUGUGUGUCACCCUCUUACUCGUAAGUGGAGUUCCUUUGAGGCAUAAACCAGUGAUAUGGGCGUUAUCUGUUGGCACGUGUAUUACUCUCACAUUCUUAACACUCACGUACCUUCAAGCCCUCUCCAUGGUGAAUCCAAAUUUUUCGCUUCUCGACUCACCCACUAGAGUGAUUUCCGGAUCACUUUUGUUUUGGUUUGGGAUGCUUGGGGUUGUUGCUGUGUUGUCCACAUUGCGCUUCGCAUUUUGGUAUAUCAGAAAGAGGAAGAAGCUCAACUGGCUGUUGCAUAAUAUUUUGUCAUGUCCGAGGAGCGGAAUCCAAAAUGCAUGAUGCUGCCAGUGAAUUAGAUGCCACAUUUUGCCAUGUCUCUUCUCCUCCCUCUGUGACGUCUUUCUUCUACUUCUCUCUGAAAUUAUAUCUUCUGCUGUGUUAUUUACUUCAGUAUCUGAUUUUCAUUCAGACUUGUGUCAGAUAUGUUCUAUGAAUUUCAAUGAUUAUGAGAUCAGAGCUCAGUUAUUCUGAUA